AGCCACAAACAGCAGCCACAAAAUCUCCCGCGCAUGAUAGACAACCGAACCCCCAAUCAUUCUAGAAUGCGCCUUCCCUUCUCCCUUCUCACUUCCAUCGCACUCAAUUCAGUUCACUGCUUCCGUUUUGCUUCCGUAAAUGGAAAUCCGUUUGCAGUUCACCGCCAUACCAAUUCCGAUUACUAAAGUCUCCGAGAAUCCAAAGAUGAGUCCUCUCCAGAUUGUCGAAUCCAGCUUGUCGAUCCCUCGCUCAAACUCGCUCCCCAAUUCUUGCCGCUUGUGUUCCCGAUUCAAUUCUCCGCUCCGACGUAGAAAGUCUCUCAAAUUUCAGAGGCAUCACCGGAGCUUUAAGCUUUCUUCUAAGCUCCAGGAAGGUGACGGCCAGAACAGCGGUGAAGAACCUCCAGAGUCGUUGUUUAUGAAAGAAUUAAGAAGGCGGGGUAUGAAUCCCACUUCAUUGCUUGAAGAAAGCAAUAGGAGCGUCUUUGGAGAUGAGGAUAUAAAAUUGAAGGAAGAAGAGGGUAGUUACUCAAAAAGAAAUGCAGUCUCGACAGAUUAUGAAAAAAGCUUAUCUGAUCAAAGGGAACGUUCCAUGGCUCUGAACAGUGAAGGCUUAGAGGGUUUGAUUCCACGAGCUAAGCUCUUGCUAUCCACUGGGGCUACUUUUUUCUUGGGAUUUUGGCCAUUGAUCCUCAUAACAGUUGCAUCCUUCUCUGCUCUAUACCUAUAUUUUGGACCGACUUUUAUACAUGAUGCAAGCAAAACACCUACAACACCACCCCAAUAUAUUGACCCGUAUGAGCUGCUGGAAGAUGAAAGGAUAUCUCAGACAGCUCCACGGUUAAAUUGAAGGGCAGACAUCCUUUGAUCGAACCAAACUUAUUCAAGUUGCAGUUGCAGGUCCCUAUUGUAGUAUCAUCUUCGUUGUCUUUAUAAUUCUUUCUCUGUAAAAAUCUUGAAAUUAGUAAGACCAUGCCUUCUGUUUCUUGUCCUGUCAUGCAUUCAGUUGGACGAUGUUAUGAUCCAAUUGUUCUCAUGAAACUUUCUAAUCACGAAGGGCGGGCCGUUAGAAUUGAAGUUUCUCUCUUCA